AGAAAUGCUUUACAAAUAAGUUAGCAUACUUAUCAAAAUAAGUUGAUUUUUGCAGCUUGGCCAAACGGACUAUUAAUUUCACUAAUCCAAACACACCUCUUUUUCAUUCAUAUGGUAGGGGACAACCUUAAUUAGUCUUCUUUCUUUCAACCUUACUUAGCAUCCGCCAAAUUAAUUCCUCAAAUGCUCCAAGAAGCCAACCGAAAUGAUUCAAUAAUACUUAUCAUAUCAAUAAGAACUUCAUCCUCAACCACUUUCUUUCCUGAGGAAUAAACUACUUUUGGAUUUAGGGUUUUUCUUCUUCACUUUCUUGCUUCCAAACACAAAAAGUUUUUUUUCAACCAUUCAAUAUCUGAAAUUCAUUAGUCCGACUAAUCUUGUACAAAGAUGGGAAGAGGUAGGGUUCAGUUGAAACGGAUCGAAAACAAGAUCAGCAGGCAAGUCACUUUCUCGAAGAGACGCUCUGGAUUGUUGAAGAAAGCAAAUGAGAUCUCCGUUUUGUGUGAUGCUGAUGUUGCCUUAAUCGUUUUCUCCACCAAAGGCAAGCUCUUUGAGUACUCCUCCGAGUCCAGCAUGGAAAGUAUUCUGGAAAGAUACGAAAGGUACUCAUAUGCAGAGAGAAAGUUGAAUGCCAAUGACGUUGAUCCCAUGGAAAAUUGGACUCUGGAGCACCCGAAGCUCAUGUCAAGGAUUGAACUUAUACAAAGAAACAUAAGGCAUUAUACGGGCCAGGAUCUGGACCCUCUUAGUUUGCGAGAGCUACAGAGUUUAGAGCAACAGAUGGAUACAGCAUUGAAGCGAAUACGAAGCAGGAAGAACCAACUGAUGCACGAGUCCAUUUCUGAGCUGCAGAAAAAGGAGAAAGCGCUGCAAGAACAAAACAACUCGAUGACUAAGAAGCUGAAAGACGAAGAGAAGGUGCAAAGUGGGAAAAUACAACCUAAUUCAGGCCAAAACUCAGCAACCUUUAUGCUACCUCAGCAGCCUCCACCACAAUCUCACCAACUUCCUAACCUAACAAUUGGGUACUCUCUCUCUCUCACCCAUACACAGAGCGGACCAUUUGAAGCAACAAGGAUAAAGAACACAGAUGGAGAUCGAGCUCACUAUGGUUCUAAUUCCCUGAUGCCGCCAUGGAUGAUCCGCCACGUCAACAAUGAUGGGUAAAAACAAGAUGUAAUAUUGGAAGUUGGAAUCCCACUGUGUUGUAGAUGUACUUGUACACUAUAGUACGUAGGCAUUGCUUCUACAACAGCUAGAUAAUAUAGAUAUCCAUGUAUAAUUAAUUGUAUAUGAUCCAAACAAUGAAUUUUCCAGCUUGUAUGGAUCAUUAUCGCCAUGAAUGGUAAAUGUAGCCUUAUCUUAGCCUUU